GUUUUUAAAUAAUAGACACCCUGGCUGCAGAGAAGUGCAGUCCACGACAACAGUUGUUGCCAAUGGAGUCUGACCAUGGAUAAAGAGUUUGACCCUGAUGAUGAAAAUGUGAACGUCGUCUUGGCUCAGGAAUCCUCAGAACUGCUUCACAUCUUAAGCAGUGAGUCACCAGCAAUAAUAAUGAAGUUGUGCCAAAUGAUGCCCACUGAUGCUAGGGGGAACCUCAACCUGGCCUCCACAAGCUGUUCUGAAGCUGCAGUAGAAGAACAAAUCAAAGCCAUGUUGGAUUACUUAAGGCUGGCCAACGCUGCAGAUUGCCGCAACUUCCUUCAGAGCAUGUGUAUGUUGUGUGAGAACAUCCCCAUGCGCCUGGAGUCGAGGCUCAUGUCAGUGGCUGGAUAUGCAAGUAACGUUGGUGAAAACUCCAGUCCCAGGGUAACGCAUGGAAUAUCAUCAUUGCCGCCUACAGAACAGCAGCUCAUCAAACGCCCGCGGAUUGAUUACUGGGAGCAGUACAUUGCUGCAGUGAUGCGUUUACUGCAAAGGAGGUGGGAUCGACUCCGUGUGCACCUGGUAAAGGAGGUCCAGCUGGAGAAUGUGUGGGUCAGCCUAAGAAUGACGAGCAGGGGCAGGGAAAAACUUGACCAAACCCCUGGAUCAGCAGACAAAGGGGGCAGAACACCAGAGCCUGAUGGGGAUUACUGGUCUACCGAUUCCAGAGUGACUUUGGAGAACUUCCUGCAGGGGUGUGCAGGGAAGGUGACAGUUCUCGUCGGCCAGGCUGGGUCAGGAAAAACUUUGCUGAUGUCUUGUUUAGGAAAACAGUGGGCACAUGGACUAGGCCCUAUUCCUUCAUCAUACCUGUUUGUCCUGCUGGAGUUUCGUCAGCUCAACGUACUAUCCCAGCCUCUCUCCCUGUCUGAGCUGUUAUUCCGACACUGCCUCCAUCCGAAAGGGGGCAACGAAGAAAAGAGAGCCAUUGUGGAUUACCUCCUUUCAAAUCCUGAGCAAAGCUGUUGGGUGCUGGAUGGCUAUGAUGAGUUUCACAGCAAAGUCCCCACACAAGAUGUGAAGAGAGAACUUUUGGACCCAGAAAAGCAAAUGCCUGUUGCAGACCUCAUCUCAGGGCUGUUAAAUCGUCAGCUUCUUCCAGGAUGUACUGUGGUGGUCACCUGUCGUACACGUCAUGCCAGCGAUUUGGAAGGUGUAUCAGAUAAAGUUGGGCAGCUGCUGGGGUGGGACAGCUAUGCCAUCAAGGAGUAUGUGGAAAACUUCUUUCGACUAAAAGGUCACUCAGCAAACAAAGCUCUUGGGGAGCAGGCAGCAGAUCUCCUUCUUUCUAGUCAACACCUACUCGCCAUGUCAUCCCUCCCUGCCCUCUGCAACAUCUGUUGCAUCUGUCUGGAGCAUUUGCUGCUAGUAGGCGGAGACCCAGGAAGGACGCAAAUAACUGAAGAAAGAGGAGGUGAGACAAAGAGAAAAGUGAGAAGAAAAGAAGAAAAAGAAGCACAGAUUCCAGAGGAAGGAAGAGGGGAAGAUGGCGAUAGAGGAGCGAGUUACGUACACAGGGGAGAUCAAGGAGUAAGAAGAGGAGGAGGUGAGGACAUAAUGAUGGACGGGACAAAUGGUAGAGCCCAGCUGCCUCCAACACAAGCCCAGAUUCCCUCCACGCUCACCCAGGUCUACCUCACCGUUCUUGGUGCCUUUCUGAGCCGUGAUCCGGAUAGAAGAGGAGGCAAUGACGAGCCAGUGACUAUGAGACUUCCAGAGAGUAUCACGUGCACGUUGACAGCUCUGAGUCGGUAUCGAUCUGAGUUGUGUGAGCUCAGUCAGCUGGCCUGGGAAGGCUUAGAGAACAGCAAGAUCCUCUUCACAGAAGAAGACAUCUCUCAGGAUGUUUUGGAGUUUUCCAUUAGAACGGGGCUUUUCUCGCAGGUGGACCUCAGACGUGAGGAUGGGAUGCUUGUCAGCUGUUACUGCUUCAUUCAUCUGACAUUACAGGAGUUUUUGGCUGCGCUCAGAAUCAUGACCAGUACUGAUGUUAGUGACGCACAGCUCAAAAAAAGAUUCAGUCUGAGAACUCGCUGGAUGACCAAGUCAGACCAGAGGACAGUCUUCACUGGAUCCCUGCACCAGUAUAUCUGUGGUCUGGCUUCCCCACAAUGCACUGCAGCCUUAGCUCAACUAGCCAGGACCUCUGGUGGAACAGGAGGCCAAAGUUGGGUCCAAAAACGGCAAACUCUCGUUGUGAAACUACUGAAAAACCUUUGUAGCAACACCCUGACUGGACCGAAGAUAUUAGAGCUUUGCCACUGUGUCCAGGAGAGCCAGGAUACCCAACUAGCAAAGCAGGUCAUGGGGACAAGAUCCACCCUGGAGCUGCGCAACAUCCGGCUGUUACCGAAUGAUAUUGAUGCUCUGGCUUUUGUAGUUAACUCAGUAGGUGACAGUGGCAUCGGAUUGGACUUUGGAGCAUGCUCAAUGGAGAUGGAGUGUUUAGAUGUCCUGCCCAGGUGUCAGCACAUUCACUACCUCAGUUUUCGCAGCCGCAAGUAUGGCGACAAGUUUGCAGAGAAGUUGGCCUCCAUAUUGCCAAAAUUCACAAGCCUAAAAAAAUUGGAGUUUUGUGGUGCCAGUCUGACUGCCACAGGAGCGGCUAGUUUGGCCUCUGCUUUACCGAACUGUCCAGACAUCACUGAAAUCAAUCUGAAUGACAACAAUCUGAAAGACACAGGGAUUAAACACAUCGCUGAUAUUUUCUCCAAACAACCAAGACUAGUCUCAGUAAGGCUGGGUCGAAACAACAGCUCUCUGGAAGCAGUGGACUAUCUCAUCAGGAAAAUGUCUUCAUGUUUAAACAUCCAGCAGCUUCAUGCAGAUGGGAUAAAGGAAUUGAAAGUAACUUUCUCCCAAAACUCUGACCGGAACAGCCAUAAAACUAAGUCUGAACCAACAAUCAGCUUGUUGAACCAGAAAUGGAGCAAGCCUGAAAUGCAAACAGUUGCAAAGUCAUUGACACGUUGCCCUGCCUUGUCUGUUUUGGAUAUGUCUGGAGACCUUAUGGAUGUUGAAUGUCUGAGGACGCUGACUCAGUUUUUGCCAAAGAUCACCAUCAUCAAAAAGAUCAUUGUGAAUGACAGCUGCUCUUCAGUGGAGGGUUUAGUGCUCCUGACUGCUCUGCUCUCUGGUUGUCCUGCUGUGGUGGAGCUUCAUAUCAGACUACAAAGUCCUGUCCAGGCGUCCAUCGUGUUCUCUGAAGGGAGAGAAAAACCUGCACAUGAAAUGUCUAAAAUGCUCUGUCUCAGCUGCUGUGGUCUGCUGCCUUCUCAUCUGGACAGAGUGUGGAGGAGUCUGGGAACCUCUUCUGAUCUGACUUUGCUGGAUCUGUCAAGCAACCGUUUAGGAAAUAGAGGCCUGAGGAAACUGCUGGACGUCCUGCCUUGUUUGCGUAGCAUCCAGGAAGUAAAUGCCAGUAACAAUGAGAUUGGCAUGGAAGGAGUGGUGAUGCUGGCUGGUGCUUUGUGCUCCCAUCACAACUUAAUACAAAUUCACAUCAGUGAUGGAGGGCGAGAGCAGGUGAUCUUAAAGUUCUGCUCUGGCAAAAGGGGUGACAAACAGCAGCUAAAGAUGUUCAGGAUAAACAACAGCAGCCUUGUGCCAUCCGAUAUCAGCACACUCUGUAGACGACUGGUCCAGUGUCGCUCCCGUGUGGAGUUAGAUUUGUCUCACAGCACAUUGUCGGACAGUGCCAUCGAAAAUCUGCUGAAGGUCCUGCCGAAGAUGAUGUCACUGCAGAGAAUCAAUGUCAGCCACAGCAUCACAUCCACAUCUGGAGCACUGAUGUUGGUCAGAUGUUUGAUGAUCAGUCAGCGAGUCACAUCAGUGGAGCUCAGGCCUCAGACUGAAUCCUUCAUCCAGUUUGACAGCGUGAAAACUGAAGAAGCCAGCUGCAGGUUAACUCAUUGUAGCCUGAACGCUGACAAUGUGGAGGAACUGCUCGAGAUCUUACAGCAGGGUCCCCAACUGUCUGACCUGGAUUUAUCAAAUAACCAACUGGAUGAUGAAGGGGUGAAGAGUUUUUUGGUUUCUCUGCAAAACCUCAAAAUCACCGGCUACGUAAAUUUGAGCCACAAUGGCCUGAGCCAGCAGGGGCUGUUGGAAGUGGCCGGCAUGCUGUGCGUCUGUGACAGCAUCUCCGCUGUGGAUGUCAGUUUGGGAGCAGAGGAGAGGUGUCUGAUCUGGUUUACACAACAUGAAGCUUCUGUAAAAACACUGAGUGUCAGAGAGAGCAGUUUGGAGCGUGACCAUCUGAUCAGAUUAGCAGAAAUCGUGUCUGUCUGUCCCAGGCUGACCAAACUGGAGUUCAGGAACAAUCUGCUGCAGUCAGAUUGGAUUGAAGACUUUGUGAGACUGUUAAACAGCAGUCAGAGAGGAUUCAGUGUCAGUAUUGAGGAAUGUUGGAUCAGAUCUGAAGAAGCUGUCGGGUUGUUGUGUCGCUGUCUGGAUCUCUGCAGCAACAUACAAACUAUCAGGAUUCACCACACUACGCUACACCUGUUUCUGAUGAAGUCCACUGAACUGACCUCAGUCAGUGAUGACUCUGCAGAUGUGACUCCAUCAAUGGCCACAGAGAAAAUAGGCCUCGUGGACUGUGCAGUAGAUGGGUACCAACUUGAAUCUAUGAAGAACAUCAUCCUUCAGUGUCCCUUACUGACAGAGCUGGAUUUUUCCCACAACAGCAUGGGUAUAGAGGGAGCUGAGUUUUUCUAUGCUGUCCUGCCCUCGCUGCCGAACCUCACGUCUCUCAGUAUUGGAUCCAAAGAGACUUGUGUGACUGCGUUUGAGAAGCUCUCAGAGGCCGUACUGCAGGCUGCAGCCAUUCAGUGCUUAAAUCUGUCAGGUCAUGUGAUUAGUGACACAGCCACCCAAAUCAUGACCACAGCGCUUCCCCGUCUGAGAUCACUCAAUCUGUCUCAUUGUGUGUGGUCAGCUGCUGGAGGACUGAGGCUCGUUCAAACACUGCAAGAUUGUAUCCGUCUGGAAAACCUUUGUCUGGACUCCCUGCAGCUUAAUGAGGAGGGCACGCUGUACUUGGCACACGCACUGAGAAAUAUCAGCUCCAUUCGCAGUCUCAAGUAAGAAACACCAUCUGCUCUACUGUAGCAGUCUCAUCAUUCCUGACCUUUACUACUAAUUCUAAAGGCUAAGUAAGUUUAAUUUGGCCUGUUUAUAGCCCCUCAUCAUGUAGUUGAAUUUAUUUAAUAUACAAAACUAAGCCUGCCAAGCUAUUCCAGGCAGUCUUAUUAUCUACUACUGUGGUCACAUUGAGGCACUUUACUCACACAUAUCCAGUGCCUCUCCAAUAAUCUGCUCUAUUUAUGAUUCACUUUCACUGUAACUGCCAGAGCCGCUGCUCGCUGCUCACAUUGCAGCCACCGUUGCUGCAGCUCGUCAUACCAGCUUGUCAUCGGCUCUGCAGGCACCUCACUUACAUAAGUUCAGAGGUCUGAUCCAACACUCAACCCCAGGAGAAAUUGCCAUUCCCUGUUCUGUCAUAGUGCUAAGUUGUAAAGUGUUAUACGGCGAUGAGCUGCAAGGUCAGGACUCGGACUGAAGAUGUCAAUGCUGUUUACACAGCAUAUAAAUACAUAUCAUACUUCCAGAGAGAUCCACUCAGAGUCUGGCACCAGUACAACAGUUUGACAGAGCAUCAGAUUGCUUGGUUGAGCAGUAAA